AUGGCUACCAAAAUCAUCUUAUCUGUUAUCCUAUCCUUCUUAGCUCUCUUUAUUCUCAUUAUUGUUUUGUCCUUAUUAUUUCAACGAAAGUUCAUUUAUCUUUCUUGGAUCUUACAUGCAAAAUCGCAAAUAAACAACCCACUGGAUUUCAACUUAUCAAAUCUUGAGUCUCGCAACUUGAUAACCUCUGAUAACCAAAUCCUCAAGACCUUUAUCUUCAAACACCAAAAUGUCUCUGCCAAUAACCUGAAAAAAACCAUUGUAAUCCUCCAUCCAAGUGGUGGGAAUAUGGGCCAUCUCUUAUCCCAUGCUCAAAUUCUAUUCAACGACUUCCACUACAACAUCAUCAUGCUAAGUUAUCGAGGCUAUUGGAAGAGCACUGGUGCUCCAUCUGAAUCUGGCUUGAAGAUCGAUGCUCAAACAUUAUUCCACUUUAUUAACAAUGAUCCAUUUUUCAAAAACUCAAAUAUAGUAAUCUAUGGCAAAUCAAUUGGCUGUGCAAUAACUUUCUAUCUAUCCUCGUUAUUCAACAACAAUAAUAGCCCACUCUUAAAAGGUAUCAUCCUAGAUAACCCUUUCUUGUCUCUUCAUAAACUAAUCCUAUCGCAUAUGCCUCACACAAACCUAUUCUACAUUAAAGACAUUUGCCAUUGGUUUGUCUCUUCCUUUAUUAAAGACAAGUGGGACAACGAAGCUCAAAUCCUAAACAUCUCUCGCCAGAUCUCAAUGCUAUUCCUAUCUGGCAAAAUCGACGACCUAGUCCCAAACUACCAUCCGAAAUUACUAUAUAAUCUAUCAAAGAGCAACUAUAAAAAAUUCAUUCAAUUUGAAAAUGGUAAUCACAUUAAUAAUUUCUUGCAACCAAAUUACUGGGAUUACAUCCAUCAAUACAUUGAAUUGAUAACUGAUCCAAGCUUUAAUUACUCUUCAAAUUAG